CUUCGUACCGGCCGGCGGCCAUAAAAUCAACGCUGACGUUAGCGACGACGCCGAUUGCGUCAACAAGACGAAAAAAAUACUGUAAUUAAACAACGAAAAAGGAAGAGACGAAGAUGCCGCGAAGGCGGUAGGAUCGUCGCGUGAAUACGUGAUUAUCACGCACCGUUAUACGGAUUCGGAGUUUAUAGGGCUGAGGAGGUGGUCGAAAUCGGCGGUUAACAUGGCGGAAGAGAUUAAUUCAUCGGUUGCUCCUGCCGCCGCCGGAUCAGGAACAAAGAGGAGAUGGCUAUGGCCGUCCGUUCUCCGAUGGAUCCCUACUUCCACCGACCACAUCAUCUCCGCCGAGAAGCGCCUGCUUUCUCUAGUCAAGACUCCGUAUAAACAAGAGCAAGUUAAUAUAGGUUCCGGUCCGCCGGGGUCUAAGAUUAGAUGGUUUAGGUCGACAAGCAGGGAACCAAGGUUCAUAAAUACAGUUACUUUUGACAGCAAAGAGGGAUCUCCAACUCUUGUUAUGGUUCAUGGAUAUGGUGCUUCUCAAGGUUUCUUUUUUCGCAAUUUUGACUCUCUUGCGAAACACUUCAGAGUCAUUGCCAUUGAUCAGCUUGGGUGGGGCGGAUCUAGCAGGCCUGACUUCACAUGCAAAAGUACUGAAGAAACUGAAGCAUGGUUCAUUGAUUCUUUUGAAGAGUGGCGCAAAGCCAAAAACCUUUCCAAUUUUAUUUUACUUGGUCAUUCAUUUGGAGGCUAUGUUGCUGCAAAAUAUGCACUCAAGCACCCUGAGCAUGUUCAACACUUGAUACUGGUUGGAUCUGCUGGGUUCACAUCUGAAACAGAACACAAAUCGGAGUGGCUUACGAGGUUUAGAGCAACAUGGAAAGGAGCUGUUGUGAAUCAUCUGUGGGAGUCCAAUUUUACCCCUCAGAAGAUUGUUAGAGGUUUAGGUCCAUGGGGCCCAAAUCUAGUUCGCAGAUAUACUGGUGCUAGGUUUGGUGCAUAUUCAAGUGGAGGCGGUUUAACUAAUGAGGAGUCCAAGCUACUCACAGAUUAUGUAUACCAUACUCUGGCAGCCAAAGCAAGUGGGGAGCUAUGCUUAAAAUAUAUAUUCUCAUUCGGAGCAUUUGCUCGGAGUCCUCUUUUGCAUAGGGCACCGGAGUGGAGAGUCCCCACAACGUUCAUCUAUGGCGUUGAUGACUGGAUGAAUUACCAAGGAGCAGUGGAAGCUCGCAAGAACAUGAAAGUUCCAUGUGAAAUCAUAAGGGUUCCUCAGGGUGGGCAUUUCGUGUUUAUAGAGAACGCAUCCGGGUUCCAUUCUGCUGUAUGUUAUGCUUGUCGUAGAUUUCUUUCACCAGACGGGGACAGCCAUUCACUCCCAGAAGGCCUAAUGUUUGUUUAGUUUUAAGGGAUGUAUGAUUGAUGCGUUUGUAAUUUAUGAGUAAAACUAUUCUUAACUUUCAUGUAUCAGAAUGUAAGCUGUAGAUAUAGUGAGAAAUAAAAUGGGCACACGCUGUUCUUUUUUUAUAAAUAUAUUUAUUUUUUUAAACACGAAAAAAGUACGGAGCAUAGAGAUUGGAUACGACAUCAUUUUGGGAUUUUUAAUACUCCGUACUCGUAAUAUUAUUUUACUGGGGACAUCUGACCGUGUUGCAUAAAUGUAUAAAUAUGUGCUUCCUGCAUCCUUAAAUAAAGGGAUUUGCUAGGU